AUGGAUGCAUACAGAUGCAUGAUGUUACUGACAGACUCGUGUUUGGUGAUAGAAGUAGCAGCGACGGCGUCGGCGAAACCGAUCGUCACGUCGCAGCGACUGCUGGCCAAGGACGAGCGACCCGAGCGCUGCGACAUCUGCGGCUUCGGCUUCCCGGACCUGAAAAUCCUGCUGCUGCACAAGCAGAUCGCGCAUCGGGUGCCUGAAGCCCAGGCACGCCUAGGGCCCGAGCAGCUGCACAUGAAGAACUUCCCGUGCCACCUGUGCAGCAAGGUGUUCACCAUCAAUGGCAGCCUCAUGGUACACAUGAAGGUCGCCCAUCCGGGCGUCAAUCGGCCCGUCAAUCCAGACAGACACGAGAUGAAGGAGUCGGAGGGUUGCAUAUACAAGAAAACCGACAAAGGCUUCGAGUGCCCGAACUGCGGCAAAGUUUUCACCAAGGAGCAAAACAUCAUCCAGCACAUCAAGACGCACGACAGCAAGCAGUGGGAGUGCGACGUGUGCUGCAAGCUCUUCACCACCAAGUACUUUCUUAAGAAGCACAAGCGGCUGCACUCGGGCGAGAUGCCGUACAAGUGCGGCCUCUGCGACAAGACCUUCACGUUCCAGCAGUCGUAUCACAAGCACAAGCUCUAUCACAAGGACGAGAAGCCGCACGAGUGCAAGACCUGCGGCCGGGCCUUCAAGGAGCUCUCGACCCUGCACAAUCACGAGAGGAUACACACGGGCGAGAAGCCGUUCGAGUGCGAGUCCUGCGGUAAAUGCUUCAGGCAGAGGGUCUCGUACUUGGUGCACAGGAGGAUACACACGGGUGUCAUGCCUUACGAGUGCACGAUUUGUGGCAAAAAGUUCAGAUACAAGGUCAGCCAACGCACGCACAAGUGCGUACCUUCGAGCAACAGCACAGCCACCGCCAGUGGCAGUAGCAAUGCCGAUUCCUCGGCUCGAGCUGCUGCGACGGCGACGUUUCAAUCGGAAGGCGACAACGCGACCGUUUAUCCGGACGUCAAUCCCAACAACAACAACAGCAACAGCAGCAGUGGCAGCAAUUUCUUGCUCUUAGCCGGCGGCGGCAAGGAGCAGGCGCUGAAACGAAAACUCGAGGCCGAGAUCGAGAACGAGGACGGCAGCUCGACGUUGCACCAGCAGCAGCAUCAGAACAACUCCAACGACGAUUUCGCCAAUCUGUGCUGGGCCACAACCACCAACACUACCAAGAGCAGGGACGACCCCAAGGACAACGAGAUAACCAUACUGGCUGUGAUAAACGACAAACAGCAGACAACGACGACGACAGUCUGGCCCGGCAAGAAGAUGCCGGACUCGCCGAGCACCGACGACAGCCUCAUGAAGGAGCUGGACAAGGUCAGCGAGGAUUACCGUAGCGGCGUGUGGUCGUCCCUGACGCAGGCGCAGGCG